UCUGAUAAAGAGAGGAGCUGAGGUAAAACUUCACAUUUUAAGCAAAGGGAACAUGGAUGGCAAAGUGCUGAUGUUGCUUCUGUUGCUCUGCAAUUCAGUGUUGCCUGACAAAUUCCGGCUGGUUGAGGGGCCCAGCCAUUGUGCUGGCACACUGCAGCUGAGGGAUCAAGAAAACUGGAAACAAGUGCAAGACAUGGAAUUCGUCUGGAACUGGACCAUGGCAGCUGAAGUGUGCAGACAGCUCGACUGCGGAUCUUUGGUGGCAAUAACAAGAAAUAAUUAUAAGGAUUGGUCCGAUUUCAACAUGGAAAUCACCUGUUCAGAUACAGUCAGACUGGGAAAUGGGAUCAGUCUGUGCUCGGGAAUACUGGAGGUGAAGUCUGACCAGCUUAACCAGUCGUGGAUCUCAGUAAAUAUGGAUGGUUUUGGCCAGAGGGAUGCAGAUAUGGUCUGCAAGGAACUUGGCUGUGGACCUGUUUCAGUCCUCCUGGGAAAGCCCUAUGUAAAAGCUCAUGCAUUAGCAUUGAGCGUCAAAUGUACAGGCAUCAAAGCUGCUCUGUCAGAAUGUUUCAGCUCUGUCGGGAAUUACUCUGGGAAAGCAGUUGGACUCACCUGUUUAGAACCCAAGGGCAUCAGGCUGGUUGGAGGAGACAGCCGGUGUGUCGGCACUCUGCAGAUGAAACACAGAGGUGAAUGGAAACCAGUGUAUAAGAAGGCUUGGACUCUAAGGUUUGCAGGUGAAGUGUGUAAACAGCUGGACUGUGGCUCUCCGCUUUCAAUCACAAGAGAAACAGUGAGGUCAAGAAGAGUUUUUUGGGAUCUGCAUGACUGCAAUGGACCUUCUAUGACAGAUUGUGUCAAAGGGAUUGUGUAUUCCGAGCAUUUUACAAAGAUAACAUGCUCAGGCUCUGUCAGACUUGUUCAUGGUAGCAACCACUGUUCAGGAAGACUGGAGGUGAAGUUGAAUGAGUUGUGGUCCUCAGUGUGUGACGAAGGCUUUAAUCAGCAGGAUGCAGAGGUUGUCUGCAGGGAAAUUGGCUGUGGGCCUGCUUCAGUCAUAAAGAGGAUACAUUAUGGAAAAGUGGAUGCUCCAAUAUGGAAAAAGGAGGUUCAUUGUAGCGGCAACGAAUCUUCUCUCCUGAACUGUGAAAGAUCAUGGCUUAGAAAAAGUACCUGCCCUAGUGAUUCCAAAGCUGUUGAACUCACCUGUUCAGACCCUGAAGUCAGACUGGUGGGAGGAACUGGUCGUUGUGCUGGUUACAUAGAAAUAAAAAAGUUUGGACAGUGGAGAGCAGCAGAUGAUAAAGACGAAAUCUGUGACUGGACUCUGAAGCAAGCAGAUGUCAUUUGUCAAAGGCUUGACUGUGGCAUGUCUGUUUCAAGACGACUCAGCCUACAUUCACCAAAACAAUCAUUUUUUCAGAUAGACUUUUCCUGCACUCAGACUCUGGAAUGCAUGAAAUUGGAGUCUUUUUAUAGUAUUUUCAGAGUGGAGAUUACCUGCUCAGACUCCAUCAGGCUGGUCAACAGUUCUAACCAGUGCUCAGGCAGACUGGAGUUGAAAAUGAAUCAGUUGUGGUCCACGGUGUGCGAAAAGGACUUUGACAAACAAGAUGCAGAGGUUGUCUGUAGGGAGAUUGGCUGUGGGCCUCCUGUAAUUCUCCAAGGGGCACUCUUUGGAGGAGAGGAGGCUCCCCUCAAAAGAAGGGCAUUCCAGUGUGAAGGCAACGAGUCAUCUCUUCUGGACUGUAGAGGUUCAGGCUCAGCUACUACGUGCUCACCUGAAAACGUUGUUGGACUCACCUGCUCAGAUUACAUCAGGUUGGCAGGAGAGACGAGCCGCUGCGCUGGGACUCUGGAGAUGUUAUACCAGGGACAGUGGAAACCGGUGGUUGACAAGUUUGAUCUACUGGGAGAGAAGCUGACUCAUUCUGUGUGUGCUGAGUUGGGUUGUGGGGCUUUUGUGUCAGCAAGAACAGAGGAGAAACAAAUGAGAUCUGUAUGGUGGAUCACGUCUAUCUGUGUAGAGUCAGGAAAUAAACUGCGAGAGUGUGGAACCCUGAAUGAUGACAUUCACGAUACCAGCAUUGAAGUGAUAUGCUCAGAUUUGUUGGUUGAGCCACACAUCUCUCUCUUUUUCUACUCUGAAGAGGUCCGUGCACCCACCAACCAAACGUUGGGCAUCCCCAUAGGCUCAGCAUUUGCCAUCAUGUGUUCCAUCAAACCACAGUAUCAAGCUGGUUCCUUCGAACUUGUCUUAAGCUCCUCCACCUCAAGGGAAAGCUUUACCUUGCCAGCUGUCAACCACUCCACGCUCUUCCUAUUUUCUGCUGCUAACCAUAAACACCAAGGGACCUACAGCUGCAUUUAUCACGCCUAUGUUUUCUCCCAUAACUUCUCUUCUGUGAGCCAGCCCAUUUGUCUCACUAUCUCAGCUGAGUUCAUCAUCAGACCAUUUGUCGUCCUGAUGGUUAUGAUGGCAUCAAUCCUCAUUCUUUACUGUUAUUUUAAGGUCUGCAGCUGUCAAAUGUCAGAACAAGAGAAAAAUCGGUAUCUUGAAGAUUGCAGUACCAAAAGCUACCUGAAGGAGGAGACUGCAGUCUCCAGUAACAAGUAGAAAAGGAUCUGCUUGUGGUGUUUGAAAUAGGAAUGGUGACAUGUUUUACGCAGUGACAGCUAACAUACCCUAUAUUUAUAUUAGUAGCUAUGGUUACCACAAAGUUACUUCAAAAUAGGACUAAUUUUUAUCACUUUUAAUUUUAUUAUGUAAUACUGUUACUAAUUAAACUUUUUUAUAGCUAAAUACUAAUUGCAGUUAAAGCUGCAGAGAAAAAAAUCCAUUGUUAUCUUCACAAAUAGACGAAGAACAGCAUCUGAUUUACUCUGGGUAUGCUUUUUCAGAAUGGAGUUUAAAUAGGUCCAGUUGUGUGAUUCAUAGAUUUUUAAGUCAGCUGAUCAGAAGUCAAGGUAGGUUAAACAUGUCAUGAAACUAAGAUGAAAAAUCAACUUCUUUACUCCGGCAGAGUAUUAGGGUUCAUUUAUGUUUGGUAAAAUAGUUACUGUAGGGUUUUAAAAUAAUGUUUUUAUUUCCUGAAAAGCAGUCAAAUUCUCCUAUCCUACAACCAUGUCAUGGAAAUAGUCAUUUUUCUUUUUUUUCAGUUGUAAUGCUUAUAAUUCAAAUAAAAUUGUCAUUCUGUAUCAAUUUAUGUUUGGUGAGUUGCUGUAAAACAACAAACACUGAUGUAAAAACAAGGAAAUUUUUUCUGUCAUAUUUUUAAUAAAUUUUAUUUUAUGUUACAAUUAA